AUGCAGAGAGAUUCCGACGAAGAAGAAGAACACGAACUUAUCCACCAACACAACCAUACGAAGCCCCCUCCUUUUUUCACCACCAACCUCAAGUUCUUCAAGUUUCAAAAGAGGUACCUCUUCGCCAUUCUUCCUCUCUCCAUCAUCGUCUUCUUCUUUUUCGCCCCCGAUCCCCACUCCCUCUUCUCCCUCACCUUCUCCUCUCCGCAUCAAUCCAACCACUCCCAAUUACGAGCCCUUUACCUCCUCCGCCAACAGAAUUCACUACUUCUCCGCACUUUAAACUCCACUUCGCCCCAAUUGGACAAUCUUAAAUCGGCCUUGAUCCACCAGAUUUCUCUCAACUCCCAAAUUCAACAGGCUCUACUAAACCCCCAUGGAAUUGAAGAUUUUGAUGAUAGAUGCAGAACACUGAGACGGAAUGUAUCACAUACAAAAAGCAUUAAAUGGAAGCCCAAAGCUAACAAGUAUUUGCUUGCCUUAUGCGUAUCGGAGCAUCUCAUUUGCUUGCAGAAGCACAUGUUUAUCGCGGCUCUUCUAAACCGGGUUUUGAUUAUUCCCAAUUCCAAACUGGUUGAUUAUGACUACGACAGAGUGUUGGAUAUUGAUCACAUCAAUCAAUGCAUCGGAACCAAGGUAGUCAUCCCCUUUGAACAAGAAUUUUCCAAGAAUCAUCAUCACCAUCACCUUACUGAUACAUCAGUUAAGCUCCUUUGUUAUUUUGCACUCCCUCACCCCUGUUUUGUAGACCAAGAACGCUUGAGGAAGAAAAUGAAGUUGUUGGGUUUGUCUAUGAGUAAACCAGAGCUAGUUUGGGCGGAAGAAGAUACAAAGAAACCUACAAAAAGAACUGUGGAAGAUGUUGUGUCCAAGUUUUCAAGCGACGAACCUGUUGUCGCUAUCGGGGAUGUUUACUAUGCUGACAUGGAGUGGAUGAGUGGUCCCUUCGCUCACCGCUGCAACAAUCUCAUUCAACCCACACGCCUAAUUCUGCUCACUGCUCAGCGUUUUAUUCAAACUUUCCUGGGGAGAAACUUUGUUGCAUUGCAUUUUCCAAGAAACAGAUUUUUGAAAUUCUGUAAUGAUGCCAACCAAACGACUUGUUUUUAUCCGAUUCCUCAAGCAGCAGAUUGCAUAUCACGUGUGGUAGGAAGAGCCAAUGCACCUGUCAUUUAUCUUUCCUCGGAUGCUGCAGAAUCCGAUAUCCGUCUGCUUCAGUCGCUGGCUGUAGCAAAUGGUAGGUCUGUUCCACUUGUUAAGCGUCCACCUCGUAAUUCAGCAGAAAAAUGGGAUGCUUUGUUAUACAGACAUCAUAUUGAUGGAGAUCCUCAGGUGGAAGGUAUGUUGGAGAAGACUAUAUGUGCCAUGUCUAGUGUGUUCAUCGGAGCCUCUGGUUCAACUUUCACUCGAGACAUCCUGCAGCUAAGAAAGGAUUGGGGAUCAGCAUCAUUGUGCGAUGAGUAUCUUUGCAAAGAUGAGGAGUCCAAUGUUGUUACAGAAAAUGAAUGA